GAAGGUUGUCGGUAUCGUUCGUCGUAAUAUGCAUAUUGCGCUUCAUUUAAAUUAGCACACAAUCGCCUUCGGGCACCCAAACAACGGAUGCGUCAGUUGUCGCCGCCAUCUUCAACGGUUUACCACUCGAGUGUCCCGAAAAAUGUUCGCUUCGCGCGUGCAAAAAGGAAACGACUCCGCGAACGCAAAAGGAUUCGCCGUUUUAGUGUACAAAAUGUUGCCGGAAGCCUUCCAGGACACGAUGCUGUCGGACAUGAAGGAGAUGCCGUGCGUCCAGCUCAACAACUAUCUGCUCCAGAUAGAGCUAGACGAGCUGAGGCCGGAGGUCAGGGAAAUCGCUAGGAAGGAGCUCAGGGAAACGCCCGACGUGGCUAGAGAGGCUGUCAAAGAGCUACGGGAACUCCUCAAGGAGGAGAGUGACCUCUACGUGCCCUUGGAACGCGACCUGUGGCUGAUACGUUUCCUACGCCCUUGCAAAUUUUACCCGGAAAGCGCGAGAGAUUUGAUCAAACGGUACUACGCGUUCAAGCGGAAACACGCUGAACUCUACGACAACCUCCUCCCUAGCAACGAGAAGAAUAUAUUCCAGCAAAACAUCCUCACGGUGCAGCCCAACAGGGACCAGCUGGGACGACGGAUAUUGAUUAUAGAACUAGGCAAAAAAUGGAAAACGAGUGAGGUGACCCUCGAUGAGGUGUUCAAAGGGUGCGUGUUGUUCCUGGAGGCGGCCAUGUUGGAGCCCGAGACCCAAGUCUGCGGCGCCGUCGUCAUAUUCGACAUGGACGGGUUAUCCCUCGGCCAGACCACCAAGUUCACCCCUUCGUUCGCCGGCAGGAUAGUCGAGUGGCUCCAGGACAGCGUCCCGCUCAGGAUAAAGAACAUCCACAUCGUGAACCAGCCGUAUAUAUUCAAGAUAGUGUUCGCGCUGUUCAAGCCGUUCCUGCGCGAGAAGCUGCGCAGUCGCAUCAUUUUUCACGGCACGGACCGCAAGAGCCUCCAUCAGCACAUGGACCCCAAGUGCCUGCCUCAGUGUUACGGGGGCACCCUCGACCUCCCGAGGAUAGACGGCGCCCAGUGGCUCGAGUUGUUGGAGAAAUGCGAUCAGGAAUUCAAAGCCAUCAGCCAGUACGGGUACGCCAAGAAGGGAGCCGCCAAGUGACCCGCGUAGUAUUUCUCGUCUCUUGUUUCUAUUGUUUUCGGUUUUUUUUUUUCGUUUUAUUUGGGAUUAUUGUUUUUGUUAUUUAUUCGGUGUAAGCGUCGAGACUAUUGUCGUGUACUUAUCGUGAUCGAAACUGCAUCACCAU